CUCCUCUUCGACCUUUCAUUUGACUUAGGAACACGCUCCUUUAUCGUUCUCUCUUCUUUCUAGCUUCGUUCCAAUUCAACAGCCGCCGAGAUGUCUUCCGAGCUCUGUCCCGUCUACGCGCCCUUUUUCGGUGCCAUGGGCUGCACCGUCGCCAUCGUCUUCACCUGCCUGGGUGCCUCCUACGGUACCGCCAAGUCGGGUGUCGGCAUUGCUGCUAUGGGUGUCCUCCGUCCUGACCUGAUCGUCAAGAACAUCGUCCCAGUCAUUAUGGCUGGUAUUAUCGGUAUUUACGGUCUAGUCGUCUCCGUUCUUAUUUCCGACGGUCUGAGCCAGACCAUGCCUCUUUACACCGGUUUCAUCCAAUUCGGUGCUGGUCUCUCCGUUGGUCUCUCCGGUCUCGCCGCAGGCUUUGCCAUCGGUAUCGUCGGUGAUGCUGGUGUCCGAGGCACCGCUCAACAGCCCCGUCUCUUCGUCGGCAUGAUUCUUAUCCUCAUUUUCGCCGAAGUCCUGGGUCUUUAUGGUUUGAUUGUGGCUCUGCUCAUGAACUCCAAGGCCACUCUCAACGCCUCGUGUUAAAAAAGACCCAACGAUAACGACGGGCUUGGAUAGUCGAUGGUCGACAAACUGUUGAAUCUGCGCCGAGGCCUUUCGAGUUGCCCCGCAGACACGAGGCAAUUUAUUCCUGCGAAUCACGAUUUCGCGACCACAUAUAUGAAUCCGUGGACCGGACUCUGCUCGACGAGCGGGAGGAUGUGAACGGAUGCCACGACAGAGAGAGCUGCGCAACAUGCACAAGCGACUCUGGCCUGUUUGUGGACGUUUGGACUGGGGAAGGGAGCACCGCAUCAUGUACUAUUGUUUCACAUUUUUCCAUCUCGGUUUUUCUCGGGCGGGUUUUCAGCAUAGAUGGCGGCGGAGACGGCUGUAGUCUAGGUUGAUAGGUAAUGCUCUUCUACGUCUCGU